AUGCCUUGUGGAAUCAGCAGACAGGAAGUUCAGAGCAUAGAAGCUCCCAGCAGAGAUAGUCCCAGGGGCAAGAGACACAGAGCAGAGAAACUGAGUAUGAUCGACCAGCAGCAGGAGAGAGCAGACAGUUCCCCCGGCUGUGACUCCUGUACCUGUGGAUUUCACCGCAAGACAACAGUGUAUGGCCAACUUCCAGGAUUUAAAGAUGGAGACUUCACUCUGUAUCAGUCCAAUGCCAUUUUGCGCCUUCUUGCCAGGAAUCAUGAUCUGUAUGGGAAAAAUCCUCAUGAGGCAAGCCUCAUAGACAUGGUUAAUGAUGGAGUGGAAGAUCUUCGGCUGAAGUAUUUGAAGAUGAUCUAUCAGAACUAUGAGAAUGGAAAAGAUGAUUAUGUUAAGGCUCUGCCCACUGACCUUGGUCACUUUGAACGUCUGCUUGCCUCUAAUAAUGAGGGGAAGGGGUUUGUGGUAGGAGCUCAUAUUUCCUUUGCCGAUUACAACCUGGUGGAUCUUCUGCACAACCAUCUUGUUCUGGCACCAGACUGCCUUUCAGGCUUCCCACUCCUCUGUGCCUAUGUCAAACGCAUUAGUAGCCAUCCCAAGCUUGAAGCAUAUCUCUCCAGUGAUGCCCACAAGAAGAGACCAAUCAAUGGAAAUGGCAAGCAGUGAGCAUUGAGGAAAGUGGAAAAGGUUAUGAAUCCAGACUACAAUAAAACCGUAAAGUCAGAAUCUAGUAAUGUACGUAGAUGUGCCUACUGCCAGUCUCUCACUCAUGUUGCCUAAAUAAUUUUAUUGGCACCUCCUGAUAGUUUUACCAUCCAUGUAACUGUAGGUUG